AUGUUCCUUCCACCAGAGCUCCUGACGCUCUUCUUCCUAGCGAAUGCCGCAGCGGCUAUCCCUCAGGUCUCCUUACUACCGAAUGUCACCGAGACUGCCCCUGUCGAAUGGGCGACCGUAUCUAUCCCGACAGAGACAACAGGAACGUUUGACGCUGCUGCUACGGAGAGUGUGUCCAUAGACAGGGGAGACGGACUUGCAGAGGGGGAUCCAUGUAAUUCUGCGGGGACCGAACAAUGUUGUGUUAUAGAUGACACCACUUGUGGCGAGACUAGCCGUCAACUCAGGCCUGGGGUUCCGACUGCGACAGGUUGGGGGGAAACUGGUCCAGCUACCGAUCGUCUUGUGACGUUGAUUGCGACUGAGACGACCGUCACCGCAAUUCGACCGACAAUUAUCAACAUUGAGACGAACUUGGUGGAGGCCGGAUUCACACUGGGCGAUGCUACUCAAGCGAGCGGGGACAACAAUGGACAACAGUCUUCGGUCACGGUAGCGAACACAGUCCGUCCUUCGAACAAGCCUGGGCCAUCUGGGGAUAACAUAGCGGGAGGAGACGCCCCCAGUGUUUCAGGAACGACAUCGCAACAGACAGGGCAGAACAGUCUCCUACUGAGCAUUGUCUCCCAGCUUGGUGGCACCCCAUCGAACGUCCAGCCCGCAUCUCCAACCACCAAUAGCCUCGGCCAAACGAUCACGCCUCCAAGUAGUGACAAUGGAGGAGGCAGUGCUGCAGCGCAACCAGCGACCACUCCUAAUUCUGGCAUGCCGAGGGAUACGGAUGAAGCGUCGUUUCCGCAGGUAACACCGACAGUAGGUACUGGCUACCUCGUGAUAGGAGGAGCAUGGACAGUAACGCUUACGCCUGGUCUUUCUAUCUACCUUGGGGGCAACCUCGCUCCUACAAUACUAGAAAUGACAACAGACGCCACAGGCAACACUUUGGUGACGGUUAGUUCGAGCGGUACUGCUGUCACUGCCACCGUGCGUGUUGCACUUACUACCAUGACCAUGCCUAAAUCUGGCUUCGAAGCAAGUAUCACCGACUCUGCACGCCCGGGUGAGCAAAGUGCCAGGCUGGCGACCACCUCUAGCAAGGGAGCUGGUGCCGAUAAAACAAGCAAGCUUGAGUGGUGGACGGGUGCUGUCUUGGGCAUACUAGGCUUCGGUAUACUUUUGUAG